GCCCGCACUAGCUUUUCCCCAUCUCUCCCACCCCACCCAAUGGGGGUGGUAGGCAGGGGGAGUCUCCUUUUGGUGGACAGAGGCAGGUUCUGGCCUCUCCCUGGGUCUAGAAGUCUCUGAGGUUUGGGGGGAUCAGUCCUUGGAAGGGGGGUAGGAGAAGGGGCCAUAGCAGAUUUGGGGAUUGACUGACGUUUUUAUCCAUCUUCCCUUCGACGGCAACCCUCCCUACUUCCCCUGGGGUCUCUGCUUCUCUCUCUCUCCCCACACCGGCUUCCCCCAGGCUAAGUGCAAGGGGCAGCCCAGGCGGAGGGAUGGAACCCGGGAGCGGCAGGGAGAGGGCGGAGGGAGGCGAUGGCUCAGGUGAGGCUUGUACUUGCAAGUACCUGAAAGGACAGUUUUCCUUGCAAAACCACUGUGUUCCUCUCACCACCAUACUCUCACCAACAUGGUGUCCUGGGGGUCGCCGGCCUGGGGUGCAUGUGGGCAGUCGGAAUGCCCAGCCAGGGCAAGGUGACGCCUUACCCACAGGGCAAUGAGGUCAAGCCCAACGAGGUUGGUUUGGGACAAGAUUCAGGGUUUGCUUCUCCCCCCAUGCAGCCUCCCCCGAGCCUCGGCCCCCUGUGCGGGCCGGUCCCUUUUUGUGAUCCUCCAUAAAAGUGCAGCUAUUAAAAUGCACUGGUCCAGAACCGCUCUGGGGAGAGAUCGCUUGGCUUUCCCAGGCCAGAGGCCCGCUUCUCUUCAUAUCCAGUGGGGACUUUUUUUGAAGGUAAAUGCCUUUUCUCUGGGAGAGGGAAAAGGGCUGCCUUUGAAGCAGUGGGGGGGUGGGAGAGAGAGAGACAACCCCCCCUUUUCAUUCCCCCUUUUGCUGCAGCCCCCGUUCCAGGCCUUUUGCUUCACACAUCCAGGGAGAGCAAGAAAAAAGCCCCCAGCCUGGCUGGGAGGGGGCUGGGGGUGGGUCCAACCUGUUCUGGAAGGGGAAUUAGCACAAUGGUGCGGCUGGCCGGGCGUUUAUGGCCUGGCUGAGGCCCCAUCCAGGACUGGGGAAGGUGGCAAAGCUGUGCUUUCCCCUUGAAGUGCCCCUCAGCCCCCUCGGAGGGGGGCCAGCAGGCCGGACCACAGCCAUGCUUGAGGGGCCGUCUGACAAGCAGCUGUCUGCGGCAGUGGAAGGGGAGGUCCCCCCCACCCCCCACCCCGCAGCGGGAACAUGAAAGGAACAGGCAAGGUCCCGUGGGGAAAGCAACUUGGGGGCUGUGGGCUAUGGGGGGGCGUGGGGCUGCUUUUGUGCAGGGCUUGUAGGGGGACGAGGCGAGGAGGGGGCUUGGGGGGAGCCCUCUCUGCUCUGACCUGGAACAGCCAGCCAGAAAGAGGCUGCCCGCCAAGAAGGGCGGAGGGCCUGAACUUGGGCCAGGAGGCUCAGGGCUGGGGUGGGGACAGGCCAGACCCCACCACCAAGGAUCCUGGGCCAGCCAGACUCCACCCCCUGGCAGGGAGGCAGGUCCCCCAGCCCACAUACUAGCCUCAGGUUUUUCUAGGGUAGGGUAUGGAGUGGUCAUUGCUGCUCUGAGUCUACUGUCUUUGGCUGGGAUCCUGGCAACACUCCCGGCCAGUGGAAGAGCUUGUGUUGGAAAUGAGCAGUGACACACGUUAAGGGUUAACGCUGAGCAGGUUACACUGUCAGCCUGGAGCUGCUCCCUCACCUCCCCCUUCCUCCAAGGUGAUACUUCCCACCCCUCCCUCCAGGAAAGAGUGGCCCCUAACAGAUGCUGCUCUGAGUCUAGCUCUGUCCAGAUGGUUGCGAUUGGACUAGGGGUUUGGGGCAGGGAAAAGCUGUCCCGGCCCAGACCAGCAGGAUCCAGGUGGAGAGAGAAAUGUUUUAGUGCUAGAGCUGAGGCUGUCACCAGCAACUGGGAAAUGUCAUCCCGGUUUGCACCUUGCUGGAGAGAGGGCAGGAAGUGGUCUGUUUCUCUCUCCUUCAGUGUGGCAAACAGGUAAGGAGAGGCCUGGCCUGGAGAAGGUACUUGUCCUGCCUUUGUACAGUGCACGGAUGGAAACGGCCCCUCUCCCCUCCGGGGAAGCAGGUGGCAGUGGCAUUGCCCCCGACUGGCCAGGGGCCUCUGCUACAUUGUGGCACAGGUAGGCGGCCUUGCGGGAGCAGCCAAUGGGCCACCACUGAUAGGGCCUCUCACUGCUGUCUCCACCUCCCUCCGCUAAGGAGGCGCCUCCCCGCUGGAGGAGGGAGAGACACUGGAUGGGGGCUGGCUCCUCUAAGAGCCCUGAGCCCCCAGGGGGAGAGGCAGGGGACAGGGCCUGAGUUCAGGGUUCUGCAGUAAAUGCUGUAAAGUAAUGCCGACGGAGCCCUGCAGGAGCAUACAGAGAAGGGUCUUAGGGCCCCCAGAUGCUCUCCACUGACCCUACCAGCCCAGUUGCUGUGCAGGGCCUGUGUGCAGGUGUGUGUGCAUGUGCUGGGGGAGGAUCGAGGAGGAAUUGGUUCUCCUGGCUAAUGAGCCAAGGCCCUGGAGUUCUGGAGAGCGGACAAGCUCCGACCCUGAAGGGAGGGCAGGGCUUGUUUCUGAUUAGCUGUGGCACCCUGUGCACCUCCUACACUCAACAAGGGGAUUGCAUGCCAUAACCUUGAAGGUCCUUUCCAGCUCCCAGGGUCAGGAUUCCAGUCCUGCACUGUGUCACCAAGUGUCCCCAAAGCCUGGACAGCAACCAGUCCUCUGCUUCAGCGUGGACAGGGAGUCAAGAGGUUAUGACUGGCUCUCCACUGGCCUAGGAAGGUCAUGGCCAUAUGCCCCCUGCACCGUGUACCUCUCCUUUGCAGGAUAAAUGGCCUGCCCCCACCACACUUGCCUCUGCAUCCCUCCCCUGCAUGGACCAGCGGUGGUGUCACCCAAAGCAAAUUGACACUAUUUUUCCCUUGGUAACCGCAAAGGGGGAGAAUCACCCGUCUCCUAAUUUUAACCAGUACGUGAGGGACCAGGGUGCCAUGACUGACCAGCUGAGCAGGCGGCAGAUCCGUGAGUACCAGCUUUACAGCCGGACCAGUGGCAAGCACGUGCAGGUCACCGGGCGUCGCAUCUCUGCCACCGCUGAGGACGGAAACAAGUUUGCCAAGCUCAUAGUAGAGACAGACACAUUUGGAAGCCGGGUGCGCAUCAAGGGGGCUGAGAGCGAGAAGUACAUCUGCAUGAACAAGAAGGGCAAGCUCAUCGGGAAGCCCAGUGGGAAGAGCAAGGACUGCGUGUUCACGGAGAUCGUGCUGGAGAACAACUACACGGCCUUCCAGAAUGCGCGGCGUGAGGGCUGGUUCAUGGCCUUCACGCGGCAGGGGCGGCCCCGCCAGGCCUCCCGCAGCCGCCAGAACCAGCGAGAGGCCCACUUCAUCAAGCGGCUCUACCAGGGCCAGCUGCCCUUCCCCAACCAUGCCGAGAGGCAGAAGCAGUUCGAGUUUGUGGGCUCGGCCCCCACGCGCCGGACCAAGCGCACUCGGAGGCCACAGCCCCUGACGUAGUCGGGGACACCUGGGGGCAGCGCCCCUCACCAGCCUUCCUGUCCCCUCCCCUUCCUAAUCCAAAGACUGGGCUGGGGUGGAGGGCGGGAGCCAGAGAGCCCAAGGAGGACCCUGAACACCAGGGCCCCCAGCUGGAGGGGGGCAGGACUGCCGCAAACCAGACCGGCGCCUCGGGGCAGCCUCCGAGCCCACGCUGAGUGGCCCCGGGCGGUGACCCCGGGCUCGCGCCCUGAAACCAGUGCGGAGGUCGGGGUCCAGCCUCGCAGGCGCCGCCCGAGGCGGCUCUGCUCAGACCCGUCCGGCCCCCUCUGCCCGCCCAGGCCUCCGCGCUCCUCCGGGCCAGACCCCGGGAGGGGACUCUGGGUUUUGUUUCAGGAAAACAGGAGGGAAAAAGAGGGCUGGCCAUUCUUCACAUUCCGCUCCCCAGGCCUGCACCCCCACCCCCAGCUCCCAGCCCC